AUGAAGUUCUUUGGUUCCCUGUUCGUGUUCGCUGUUUCAGUAGCAGCAAUCAACGCUAUUUGCUUGCACUGUCGUAACCAGACUGGCAAUUACCAAGAAAUCAAAUAUGAAGGUCUGAAAACUUUGGAAGAUUCUCAUCAAGGCGUCGAGUUGUCCAAAGAUUUUGGCCAACAAAUGAGAAUUAUUCUGAAAGCGAGUCAAAAGUAUCAAUCAUACGUCGAACAAGCUAAAAGCAACCUCAAAUUCUCAGACCCGAUGAGCUUGAUCGAUGCUACCGAGUUCUUGAACAACGGCGAAGUCGAAUACAGAAACGCCAAAAUUCAUGGUUUGUCAAAAGCAAUUUUGAAUGAAGUCAACGUGGAGAAGAUAGGCGAGAACAUGAUUUGGGUCACCGCUGCAUUGAAGCAAGCCGAUAUCGUCGGAGAUUACAAUGCUGCCAGUUCCAAAAAGACAGAGUCCGGCCAGUUCAACAUCAUCUUGAAAGAUAUCAUAUUCAAAAUUAAGUUCCCUCUGAACGAAUUCAUGGAAAAUCGGCCACAAAUCGACUCCAAGUCGUUGAUGUUCGGUCACCACGAAUCAACAUUCACCAACAUGGAAGUGUUAAACGAGUUGAGCGGAAACACCCAAUUCCAAAAGCCGUAUGUCUACUACUACAACUACCUCAACAAGGUGAUCAAAGGCCGUCUCGCCGAAGAAAUGGCUGUCAGUUUCGCACCCCUAAUUGCAAUGCGUCUCGCACAAGAGCUGAAAUCGACUGUCUUGUUCCCGACCAAAUCCAUGGCUGUCCCAAAAACCAACGCUUUCAUUGCUCCCGGAAUACAAGCCAAGAUUUACAACACCAUGUUUAACGACUUGAGCGGAUCCAACAAAGUCCAAAAGAUGGUCAACUACACCGUCAACAAUGAUCAAACUGAAAUGCUCUUCAGCUUCGCGUCGUUUGACCUGAGAGGCGUCAGCGAAUGGGAAUUGGUGUACAACACCAGAAACGUGUACAAUGGCAAGGCUUCGUUCGCCAUAGAAAACUUGCAAACCAUGAUCGUAGUCACCAAACCUAAUGGACAAGGAGAGGUUACGAAGAAGUUCUCAAAGACCACCGUCAAUGGGCUCACAGUGUUGUUGAAUAACGAUAACAACUGCGAAACUAUCAGGGAUUUGGCCCAUCAGCGUAUCCCGAAAGUCUUGGAAAACAGCUUGCAGACAUUCAUCGGUGAGCAGACCGAGAUGGCAUUGAACUACCAAUUCGCCCUUAUUGGUUUGAAAUAUAAAAACUGA